UGUACAUGGACUGGGGGUAGGCAGGGCAGGCACAAUCGUCACGAUCAUUUGCUCAUAAAGGUUGUCACGAAAUACAUUAGGUUAGGUACAUUAGGUACAUACGAUAUCUCCCACCUUCCAAGAUUCUUUUCAUUGUCGCAUUUGCUUCUUCUUCACCUUUUCACAACAUCACACCACACAUCAUCGACCAUUCACUUGAUUCGACCUCAAUAUUACUAUCAACACUCUUCUACCUUACUAUUUCUUGUUCCACGACGCAAGUUAUUAAGUCAUUGCUGACUCGCAUUUUUCCACUAACAGUCUCGACAACGUAGAUCAAGAUGUCGUAUGCUGCCGCGGCUGCGUCUGGUCCCAGGCAAACGCCCGAGGAGGCUGCAGCUCCUCAACCUCCCGAGAUCAUAUCUUCUGAGUCCGCAAGCACCGCGUCCCUUGUCGACGUCGAUACGCCCUCGGUGCGCACCGUACCCUCCGACUUCGGGGAACAGGAAAUCCAGACUGAGACUCAAGCUACUCGUCAAGAACAAGAGGAUGCUGCCGAGCGAGCGCGCGCUGAGGCUCAUCUCGCUAAGAAGAAGGGCACUGGGAAAGCACGAAAAGCCGAUAGCAUUCUCACCCAGUGGUUUGCCAAUCUAAGCGAUGGUGCCAGUACAGCCCUCGUCGUCUCCAAUCUGGCUGCCGUUGUAGGACUUAGCGCAUACUUGGGCUUCAAGGCUUGGGGUUUGUAUGAGCACGGACGCCUAGGCUGGAAGAGCGUUGGUAUUGGUGCAGGUAUCGUGACUGGUGUUGGUCUGAUAGAAGGAAUCCUUGGAGGAUAUCUCUACAAGGGUAAGAAGAAGCAGUCAUAGGCGAGCUCAUGCUGCGAUAUAUUAUGUCACGGUUGACGAUCUUCACGCGUUAUGAGGUUGCGGAGUAAUGAAUACUGGCAGCCCAAUAGCACUCUACUCGUGAUUUUAGAAAGGUUCCGUUGUACCUAGUAUACUUCUCAUUACAUGAAUUCAAGGUACCGUAUGACUUGUCACAACUCUUUGCCAUUGUCUGAGUAUUACUCUUUUACCUAGUUUAGGACGGAUAUGUUUUUCGUCAAAAUUAUCUGCGUUGAGAUAACUGCUUUUGCAACGUCCAUCAUUCGACUCAAUUAGAGUGUUAUACUUGCUAUAAAUACACCUUUAGGGGUAUAUAAACCGCAAUAUAGGCCCCUCGAAGCUCAGCACUGUAACUUCAACUACCAGGACAGGGCAAGACUACUCCAAGUCAUGGUUCCAACUUAGUAUAUUAGGUAAUCAUUAAUUAUUUCCCCUAUUUUCAUCCCAGGCCUUCCGGUCACCA